UUGGACUUUAAAAAAUUCAGGCCGUUGGUGCAAUUUUGUUUUCGAUUCAUUGACAUGUUGUUAGCUAACCAACUACGGUAUUUCGGCAGGCGUGACUCUCGUUUCGUUUUCUCCGUCCUAAACUCUUCCUCUUUUUGGUCUCUGAGCAGAAUUGUUGCUUCGCCGCCCACUCCAGUAAUUUCCAUUAACGAGAGGGAGAGAAGGAGAUUGUUCUCUUUAUCGUCUGCUUCAGGAAUGGACGCUAGUCCAACCUGUUCGCUGGUUUUGAGUGGAAAAACGGCGGCUGAGAACGAAACUGCCAAAUUGCUGAAGAGGAAUGACACUUUGAAGCUCCCAGACGAUACUGAAAUUUCGGUUUUAUUGCACUCAGAAAAGGAUAAACCUUUGGAGGAAAAUGGGUUUCGAAUUGAUUUGUAUUUGAAUGGUCUUUCUACUGAUACUUUUGGUAGAUUCCUCAUUUGGUCUCCACGGGUUCCUUCUACUCAGGAUGUUACUUCUCACAACUUUAGCAACCUUCCACUGGGUGCUGUCUGUGUGGCUGAUGUUCAGUUCAAGGGAAGAGGUCGAUCAAAGAAUUUGUGGGAAUCUCCCCCUGGAUGUCUUAUGUUUUCCUUUACCAUUCAAAUGGAAGAUGGGCGAAUUGUUCCUCUAUUACAGUAUGUAAUAUCUCUCGCUAUUACUGAGGCCAUAAAAGAUAUUUGCGACAAAGAGGGGUUACCCUAUAUUGAUUUGAAAAUAAAGUGGCCAAAUGAUCUUUACGUGAAUGACCUGAAAGUUGGAGGCGUUCUUUGUACCUCAACAUAUAGAUUGAAGAAGUUCAAUGUUACUGCUGGUAUAGGUUUGAAUGUAGACAACGACAAACCAUCAACAUGCUUGAAUGAAGCUCUUACAGAUUUAUCCAGUACACCUUACAAGUUCAGAAAAGAGGAUAUCUUAGCAUUCUUCUUUAACAAAUUUGAAAGAUUGUAUGAUGUUUUCAUAAAUCAAGGAUUUCGGGCUCUUGAGGAACUCUACUAUCAGACAUGGUUGCACAGUGGACAAAGAGUUGUUGUACAGGAAAAGAAAGAAGAUCAAGUCGUGGAAAAUGUAGUCACUAUUCAGGGGUUGACAUCUUCAGGAUAUUUGCUAGCUAUUGGAGAUGACAACCAAAUGUGCGAACUUCAUCCCGAUGGAAAUAGUUUGGACUUUUUCAAAGGACUAAUCAAGAGCAAGUUGGUGUAAGAAUAUGCUGCUUUCUCGCUUUGCAACAAGUGCUGGACGUUGGUUUCUUUUAUUUUUAGUUAACAACUCUCUGUUUCGAACGUCGAGGAAAGAGAGAAAUAUAUCUUACUUUUUGUGAUUAAACAAUGAGACCUCAAUUUAAUUUGUAAAUAUUAUUUUUCUCUAAACUUACUAAGGAGGGUCCAUGGUCCAGAACGUGAUAUAUUUUUGUAUCAUACGAAUGAGUGAAGGAAUUCCCAAUGGGACAAUUUCCAAUUGAUUAAGCAGUUAUUUUUUGUUAGAAA